AUGUCGAAACAGUCGGAGCGCACGAUGCAGUACCAGGACGAGCUGCCGUCACUGCCAUUACCACCGCUAGAGCAGACUCUAGAGCAGUAUAUACAGAGCUGUGAGCCACUGCUAACGCCUAGUGAGCUGGAGCACACAAAGGCCGUAUGCCACGACUUUCUUCACGGUGUGGGGCCACAGCUGCAGGCAAUUCUGCAGGAACGAGCUGACUCGGAACGAAACUGGAUUGAGGAAUGGUGGGAGACUUUUGCGUACAUGCAACCACGAUAUCCAUCAGCGAUUAACAUCAAUUGGUACGGCGUCCUGCCCGGUAAUUGGGGGCCACGAGACAUGAGUCAAUGUGAAGCGGCGUCUAUCUUUACUCACGCUAUUCUAAAGUUUCGGAAGAAUCUGCUGGAGGAGAAGUAUCCGCCGGAAAAGAUGAUGGGACGUCCGUUAUGUAUGUUUACGUACUCGCGUAUGUUCAACACGUGUGUGAUCCCAGGAGAAGAAUGUGAUGAAAUGGUGUCUUAUCCACACGACUCAAAACAUAUUCUCGUGUUGCGGAACAAUUGCAUGUGGGUCAUACAAGUGAUUAAUGAUAAGGGAGAGGAGAUCCCACUUGCAGACGUUGUGAGACAAUUCGAGCUGGUACGAGAUGAAGCUACAGGACUGUUUGACUUGGAACGUUAUCCACCCGUCAGCGUCCUGACCUCGGAGAAUCGAACAAAUUGGGCCAAGGCUCGGGAUCACAUUUUGUCGCUCGACGAUAUUAACAAGCAGUCAUUUGAUCUGAUUGAGCGGGCACUGUUUUGCAUUGCUCUGGACGAAAGUUCUGCGUCAACUUACGACGAGAUUGCGCGCAAUUGCUUGCUUGGAGAUGGUCGCAAUCGCUGGUACGACAAGCCAUUUACGCUAAUUAUACACGAGAAUGGUCGUGGUGGUGUGAACGGCCAGCACGCGUGGGCAGAUGCACUUGUGGUCGUUCGCCUGUUUGACUACUGCAUCAAGUACGUGAAUGAGAACUUCAAGGCCAAGUUUGCCAACCGCGCGGACUUGAAACCUACUUUGAACCUAAAACCAAAGCGGCUAGACUGGGUGCUAGAUAACGCUGCCUACACAGCCAUUGAAUGCGCCAGCGCUGCAGUUGGGAAGCUGAUCCACAACAGCGAUAUUGCGACGAUUCAAUUUAACCACUACGGAUCAGCCUUUCUUAAACGCUACAAGCUGACACCGGACUUCUUUAUGCAGAUGGCAAUUCAGUUGGCACACUACAAGAUGCACAAGAGAGUUCCUGCUGUCUAUGAGACGGCUCACACGAGAAUAUAUUAUCACGGUCGGACGGAAACGAUUCGUUCGCUUUCAAAAGAGUCUCUUGCUUUCGUGAAGACGAUGGAAUCGAGUGCAUCUGAUGGAACGAAGUGGGACGCGCUGCGCACAGCUAUCGACACUCACAAGGAGACGAUAAAGAAAUGCCUGACCGGAGACGGCAUCGACCGCCACCUCAUGGGACUUCAAAUUGUGGCGGAGAUGUCGGGUAUCACGCCAAAGCCUUCGCUAUUUACGGAUAGAGCAUUUGAGUUGAGCAAGAAGUUUCUGGUGUCUACGAGCAACAUCAGUGGCGGUCCUGGCGCUAGCCCUAUUUGGGGUGGCUUCUCGGCCAUGUAUAACGAGGGCUAUGGCGUCUGCUACGCGCUACAGCCGGACCGCAUUAACAUGAGCAUCACUUGCUACCAUGUGUGCCCAGAAACGAGCGCCUUAGGGUUCAAGCGCCACUUGGAGACUGCCCUGUUGGAAAUGGUGGACCUCUGCCUUACGCGCAACGUUAUUUACGUCGGCUCGUCCAAGAUCUAG